AUUUACCAGCAAUGUGAUCCAAAUCCUCAACAUAUUAUUUCAAAAAUAAAAAUUAAAAAUAUGAAAAGGAAAAGACAUGAUGUCGUUUGGUCCAAAGGAAUAGGGUUCCAAGGUUUAUGGUUGUUGGACUUUACUGAAGCACGAUCUUCUCUCUUCGCCUCUUCAUGUAGCGCCACAAAACUCUUUAUCUCUACGGUUCCUCUUCUUCUCCUAUCGAGGUCUCAGCACUUCGAAAUCAUCACUUCCAAUUUAAAUUCAGACGGUGUAACACUAUCCUCUUCAUCUUGCAAACACGUCGCGCCCAGUUCUGCAUUCCUUCGUCAGAAAUGCUCCAGCGGCUCUUCAAUGGCCGUGAUAAUGAGAAUCGGCGCGUACCUUCCCUUCCCUCCUUCAUCCAAUGUCUUAAAGGUCUUCUGCGAUUCAACCCUCCAUCUGAUUACAGCGCUACACAUACACCUUCCUCUGAUUAUGUGGCCACGCCUCUUCUUGCAUUCACCAGUGAUUCCUCCGCUAACAUUCACAUGCGUUCUGCGUUUCUGUGAGAAGACGAAUCCUUCAGGUAUGAAUGAUCCGUUUUGCAAUCUUCUCCUACUUCCCUUUUUUUGCUUAUUCUGA